UUUGGUCAAAAUGACCUCGAAAGCUCUGUGUAUUUCAUUAUUUAUACUUUUUGCGACUGUUGCAUCUCAGGAAUAUUCUGAAAGUGGUCCAUUAAACUACCUACUUAAUGGAUUCGGUAUCGGUGGUGGCUUAAAUGGUCAUAUCGGUGCUCAAAUCGGUGGCUUUGGUGGUGGAAUAAAUGGUGGUAUAAAUGGUGGUAUAAAUGGUGGUAUAAGUGGUGGUAUAGGUGGUCACAUCGGUUGGCCAGGAUUUCCUGGAGGUCAAUGGUCACCUGGAACUGGAACACCUGUUUCAUCGAAUUUUCAACUUGAUGAAAAUCAAAUGGGUGAGAUUAAUAGGAUGGUUCCAUGGCUGCAAAAUCCAGGGGGGCAGCUAGGAUCUCUAUCGCCUGGCUUUCCGAAUUUGCCUGCUCAAUGGCCGAAUUUGCAAAUUGAUGAAAAUCAAAUACGUAAGAUUAUUGGGUUGUUUCCAUGGCUGAAAAAUCCAUCGAGGAAGCAAUGGCUUGAAUCCUCUAUAAUACCUAAUUUUCCUGCUGUUUCACCUGGUCAAUUGCCAUCUGGAGGUGUUCCAUGGGGGCAGCCAUGGCCUCUAUGGCCUGGAUCCCCUAUAACAAUUAAUUUUCCUGUUGUUUUGCCUGGCCAAUUGCCCCAACCUUGUGAUGUUCCAUCGGAAGAACAUCAACGACCAAAAUCGCCUUCAAAGAAACCAAGCAUUAUGGAAAGUGUGAUAAAAAGACUACCAUUCUAUAUUUUUGAGAAACCGAUUCGUGUACACCACCGUAGACGUUAUGACGAAGAAGUUCGUCUGACACAAGAUGAGAAUUCAAAUUCAUUUGCAAAUGGCUCAGAUGAAGAUGGCUCAAAUGAAGAUGAUUCAGAUCAAGAUAGCUCGGAUGAUUCAGAUGGCUCGCCGGUCGAUUCGGAUUUUGCUUCAUAUAAUUCCCAAAUGUAUGAUAUUAAACCUUCAGAUAUGAAUGCAGCUAUGCCAGAAGAUCAAUCAGCACCGGAUUCGCUACCGCCACCAGCAGCAGCAGUAGCAGCACGAGUUUCGGCGACACGAUCAGAACAGGCUGGUAAUGAACAGGCCGCCAGAAAAGCAUACGAAUUAUAUAAAUCUGCGCAGCGUCAGUACCACUAAUUAAUUCAUUUUAAUUCCCACUCAUAGAUUCUGACGCAUCCUGAUCUGGUUGAUUUUGACCCAUGCUGGCGUUUUUUGACCCGCAACGUGAUUUUGUCGACCCAUCAAGAAUAUCAAUAAUUCCGACUUGAUUUUGUUUGACACCCUCUUUGAUUUUUCAAAAGUGAGGACCUAUUUUUGAUCUUCACUUUUUUCCCGAAAACUAGAGUUAAUUUUUUUUGACCCCAUCAUGAAUUUUUGGUCUGAUCCCAUCUAAAAAAAAUUUGAUGUCAGAACCUAUUUUUCCACUAUUUUGUAUUGGCUACUCGGCCAAUUUUGAUGCCGUAGUAAAUUGUGCAAUAAAUUAAAUUUGUCUUCUCUCAUUGUAUUGUCAUCGCCAUUUUCUUUUUUGCUUAAUCAAAUGAAAAAAAAAUCGAAUUGCGUACAAUUUGACAAGAGCAGCUUUAUGCUGUUUCUAAUUGUCAAUGU